GAUUGCAGCAUUGAAAUACCAGAACGUUUGUCCGCUUCCUUUGACAAACUGAAAGAGUAUGGUCUUUUGGAAAGAUGUGUCCAACUAUCAGUUCGAGAGGCUACUGAAGAGGAAAUUAGUUUGGUUCACAGGUUGGACAUACAUUUAAAAUGUAUUAACCAGUUGCAUACUUUCCCCAUCUCCUACUCUGAGUGAAAGUUUGGGCAGCAACCUGUUUCUCCUUUCCUCUCCAUUUCUGUUCUUACACCAAAGGAUAUCUGAACUAACUUAACUUGGGCCCUUAGCUCCUAAGUAGAGCAUAGGUCAUCAAUGACCUCCCUUCUCUGUCGUCCUUUGAAGCCGAUGGUAUGGUUGGAGUGCACUGAUGCUUCUGCAAUAUAUUACAUCCACUGUACAGCGUGGAUUAUUUGGAAGCUGUGAAAUCUACUGCAUUUAUGAAUGUUGAACAAUUGAAGAGCUUCUCAUACAAAUAUGAUGGAGUUUAUUUUCACCCUAACUCCAAUCACUGUGCUAAAUUAUCUCUGGGAGCAACUCUACAACUUGUUGAUGCAGUCAUGUCAGAAAGAAUAAGAAAUGGGAUGGCACUAGUAAGACCUCCAGGUCACCACAGCCAGAAGAGUGAUGCCUGUGGAUUUUGCAUCUUUAAUAAUGUAGCAAUAGCAGCUGAGUAUGCAAAACAAAGAUAUGGAACAAAAAGGAUUCUGAUAGUUGAUUGGGAUGUGCAUCAUGGCCAAGGAACUCAGAACACAUUUGAGGAGGAUCCAAGUGUUCUUUACUUCUCAUGGCAUCGCUAUGAACACCAGCAGUUUUGGCCUAAUUUAAAGGAUUCUGAUUACAGUGCUAUUGGAAAAGGCAGUGGGACAGGAUUCACCAUAAAUAUGCCAUGGAACAAGGUUGGAAUGGGAAAUGCUGACUAUUUGGCAGCUUUCUUCUCCAUUUUACUUCCAAUGGCUUAUGAGUUUAAUCCAGAAUUAAUUCUGGUUUCAGCUGGAUUUGAUUCUGCUAUUGGAGAUCCUGAGGGUGAAAUGUGUGCUACACCUGAGUGUUUUGCACAUCUAACUCAGUUACUGAUGCCAUUAGCUAAUGGGAAACUGUGCUUUGUUUUAGAGGGAGGAUACAACUUGCGUUCCCUUUCAGAAUCCCUCUGUAUGACUGUCCGUGCAUUAUUAGGGAACCCAGCGCCUCCUUUGAUUGGCCAAAUGCAACCUUGCUUAAGUGCUGUGGAAACAAUUCAAAAUGUAAGAGCUAUGCAUCAGCCAUAUUGGAAAUUUCUGAAGUACCACGAGGCUCACAUUAUUAAAGAUCCAAGCACCAAGAAAUUGAACUUUGCUAUUGAAGAGCAUAAUUUUGAAUCAGUUGAAGCCACUGAUCCAGAGAAAAACAUGACAAUGCCCUCCAUGGAGAAGGAAGAUUUUGAUGUGUUCAUGGAUUCCCACAUGAAGAACAUUCUUGUAUUAGCCCCCUCUGAAAGAACUGCAUGGGCAGGUGAUGAAAUAAAGUCGGCAAAGUUGAAUCAAUGCCUUAAAGUAGAAGCAAAGGAAAUUUCCAUGGAAGAAGUUAGCAUUCUCAUCAGUGGUGGUGAUACUGCACAACUGGAGAACAAAAGCCUUUUACUGUCAUUAGGAUGUAUAUUUCCACUAAUUGAUAAAAUAUCUAAAAGAGAGGUCCAAAAUGGUAUUGCGGUAGUUCCUACAUUAUCAUCUAGUGCCAUUGCAGCACAGUAUGGCAUUACCCUUGGAGCAAGCAGGGUUUUACUUCUAGUGGUUGGAGAAGCUGACAUUCCAACUGAUAUUAAAGCUGAUGAAAAAAUCCUGGUGGUGUACAUAUGUAGGAAGCAUGACACAAUGGGAGUAAACAAUUACUUUAUCCCGAUUUGCUGGAAAGAGGAUAAUGAAUGCGAUGGGGAUCUUCUAUAUGCAACAUUUGAGUUAAUUUUACCUCUGGCAUAUAGCCACAGACCUGAACUCGUGAUUUUGGCUGUGGGAGGUAACACUGGAAUUGAAGCACUCACACUAGCUCACUUGACACAGUUACUCCAGUUGUUUGCUGAAGGUCAGAUUCUUGUAAUAAGCCAGGCUUCUGACCUUGUGGAGACUUUGACAAGUUCCUUGCUAGGUGACACUUUACCUGCAGUAGGAUCUCUUGAUUUAAAUCAAGAAAAUGUACUCAUGCUGAUGAAACUUAAGCAAGAACUGAAGCAGCACUGGAAAUUACUUCAGAACAGUGUAUAUUAAACAGUUGAGCCAGAUUUUAAAUUUCACCUGGAAUGAAAGAACACAGAAUGUGGAGAUUCAAGAUUUUUUGAAACCUCAUCAACAUCAUUAUUUUGACAGCCCUGUCUUCGCUGGAGAGUUUUGUUUUGGCAUUCAUUCUUGUCCUUAAAUUGUAAAGAUUAAUUGAUAUACAAAAGUAAAGAUGAUUUUCUUCGGCAACACACACAAAAUGCUGGAGGAACUCAACAGGUCAGACAGCAUCUAUGGAAAUGAAUAAACAGUCGAUGUUUUGGGCCGUGACCCUUCAUCUGGACUGAAAAAGAAAGGGAAGGAUGCCAGAAUACAAAUUAUCUUCAUUUGCCUUGUUCAUAAUAUCAAAGCAUCAUCUAUACAAUCAUGACCUAUAGAACUAUUCUAAUGAUUGUGUCAUACAGAAUUAAUCAAUAUCUAAUGGAGAUUAAAUGACACGCUAUAUUUGUUUAAUGACUAACCUAAAGACUUUAGUCCUUAAGUUUUUAUGCAUUUCUCCAUUUAUUAUUAAAAUUGUCAUUUUUUCAUACAAACUAAAGAUGUGGUAUAAAUUACUAAUUGCAUGUGUAGGCUGCAAAUUGAGGGAAGACUCAAAGCUGUAGAAAUGAGGGUUUUUGAGAAUGAUGAAAAUAUCAUGGAAGGGCAGAGUAACAAAUGAGGAAGUGUUGCAAAAAGCCGGAAUAAAAAGAGAACUGAAAUCAUCAAUCAGGAAGUGGCAACUGGAAUUUCUGGGACAUGUACUGAGGAAAGAGAAACUCAAUCAUCUUGCAGUGACGAGAAAAAAUGAUGGAAGAAAAAGUUGUCGAAAGUGCAUGACAUUCAUGAGUUACAUCAAAGCAAAAGUUUCAAAAAACUUAUUAGAACUUCUCAGAUUAAAGGCAGAUGGAAGACCAUGAUGGCCCACAUCAUAUGACACGGCAUAAGAUGAUGUGUAAGCUUUUCUGCAGUAUUGCCAUGGGCAAAUGGACAAAAGCACUACCAAGAUUUCAUAAUGGUCAAAGCUACUGAAAUACUUACUGUCACAAACUGGAUGAACAGAACCAACAAGACUUGAGCAAGAAUGAUCAUUUUUUUAAAAGAGAUACGAAUGCCUGCGGAUGUUGGAAUCUGGAGCAACACACAAAAAACUCCAGGAACUCAGUUCAGGCAGCAUCUAUUGGAGGGAAUGGACAGAUGUUUCAGGUUAAGACCCUUCACCUGAACAAGUACUUCCGUGCCAGUUUUCCAAUGAACACCUUGCCUGCCUCCCUCUACAAACUUGAUAGUACAUAGCAGCCUACAUCAAAGUUGCUGGUGAACGCAG